AUUGCAUAUAUAAUCACCUCCUGUUCCCCAGUUCGUUUCAACCAGAUCAUCAACCUUCGUCCGAAGUAAAUCAUCUAUCAAAGCCUCUCAGCCAACACCGUUGCCCACAAUUCAGUCCUUCAAAAGAUCAUUCUCGCGUUCCGCACUUCGUUUCAAAAUGACUGACACUGGCCGAAAACCCGUCUCUGACAAGGUCUCGGAGACCCUCACUCCCGACUCGCAGAAGUCGUACGCUGAGCAGGUCAAGGAGAGCGCCACUGGUGCCUACGACAAGGUUGCCCGCGAGGUCCAGCCCGAGGACACCAAGUCUCCCUUCCAGUCUGCUGCCGACACCGUCACCGGUGGAUCGUCGGAUGCUAAGCAGUCCGCUGACUCCAACGCGUCGUCCUUCGUCGAUACCGCCAAGGAGUACGCUGCCAGCGCUCAGCAGACCGCUACGGAUGCCUUGAACCAGGCUUCGGAGUACAUCUCUGGCAAGAAGUAAAACACCUUGUCUGUGGAUUACCUCCAAUCCCGGUAAUUGCAAUUGCACAAUGUUGUGCAGUUAGUUUAGUAUAGUAAUCAAUACAAUUUGUUUUCCAAAAAA